GGAGGCCGGAGUGGUAGCAAACUGCCGCAAUACAACGAUACUUCACCUGUACCACCUGUACCGACAGCAUCUUCAGUACAAUCCCAAACACACGACACAAUAUGGCCCCCAAGACUCUCAUUGCCCCGUCAAUUCUAUCGGCGGACUUUGCACAGCUCGGCGCAGAAUGUGCCCGGACCAUGGAGCAGGGUGCGGAUUGGCUGCACGUUGAUAUCAUGGACGGUCAUUUCGUACCAAACAUUACCUUUGGCGCCCCCGUUGUUGCAAAGGUCCGCCCGCACGUCGAGAAGCCGAGCCAGCCCGCCGGACGAGGCACAUUUGAUUGCCAUAUGAUGAUUGCGGAGCCCAAGAAAUGGGUCAAGGAGUUCAAGGCCGCUGGCUGUGACCUGUACUGCUUCCACUACGAAGCCGCUUUCUCAUCAGCCGCAGAAUCCCCCGAGGAGACGACCGACAAGAAGACAAGCCCCAAGGAGCUGAUCAGAUAUAUCCACGACAACGGGCUGCUGGCAGGAAUUGCGAUCAAGCCUGAUACCUCCGUUGACGUGCUUUGGGACAUUCUUGAGAGCUCGGACCCCAAGGAGAGACCUGAUAUGGUCCUAGUUAUGACCGUUUAUCCCGGAUUUGGAGGCCAAAAGUUCAUGGCCUCGGAGCUGCCGAAGGUCCAGGAACUGCGUAAACGAUACCCCGAGCUGAACAUUGAGGUUGAUGGAGGCCUCGGCCCCAGCACAAUCGACCAGGCUGCCGAAGCAGGAGCCAAUGUCAUUGUUGCGGGCAGUGCCGUCUUUGGAGCCAAGGACCCGGCCGAGGUCAUUUCUUUGCUUCGAAAGUCGGUCGACACGAGGGGUGGCAAAUUGUAGACUGUAGGGAGCGGGGCGGGAGCUGGAUAGAGCUGAAAAUGACUUGAAUGAAAUAGAUAGAAUAGAACACGUCUCAAUUUUGUUUUGCUCUUUGGACAGAAGCCACGAUAUAAAGUUGAUCUCUAGAUCUAAGCGAUACCUAGGUUUACCACGUG